AACCGGAAGUUACCGAGUCCUGCAUUUUACUCAUCAUGGAAGCAGCUUUACUUUGAAAAGAUCCAUGCGGAAGUGGCUGACAUCUACCAGCAAGAAGAUAAACAAGCAACCCACACGUCAGUUCAAAUUUGAUUUGAAAUAUGGCAUCCAACAGUGGGAGCAACGAUGAGGAGCGAAGUCUUCGAGUGUGUGAACAAUAUGUCCAGAAACACAAUGUCCAGCAGCUGCUCAAAGACUGCAUCAUUCAACUGUGCACAGCCCAGCCAGACCGGCCCAUGGCCUUCCUCAGGGACUAUUUUGAACGGCUGGAAAAGGAGGAGGCCCAGCAGAUAUCUUCGCAGCAAAGGUCUAGGUUGCGGUCAGACUCCCGUGAGGAUGAAGUUUCUCCACCCAUAAACCCUGUGGUGAGGGGUCGGAGCCGUAGAGGAGCCAUCAGUGCUGAAGUGUACAAUGAGGAAGAUGCUGCCUCCUAUGUCCGAAAGGUCAGUCAUCCUAAAGACUACACCAGCAUGGCUGCCCUGGCCAAGCCAUGGAGAGGGAACGUGCUGUUUGCCCACUUAGAUGACAAUGAGAGGAUGUGACAUUUUGAUGCAAUGUUUUCCGUCAACUACAUUGCUGGAGAAACAGUAAUACAACAGGGGGAUGAGGGAGACAACUUCUACGUCAUUGACCUGGGAGAGAUGGAUGUUUAUGUGAACAAUGAGUGGGUGACCAACAUCGGUGAGGGAGGCAGUUUUGGGGAGCUGGCUCUGAUCUAUGGAACUCCUCGUGCGGCUUCAGUUCGGGCAAAGUCCAACGUCAAGUUGUGGGGCAUAGACAGAGACAGCUACAGGAGAAUACUGAUGGGGAGCACUUUGAGAAAACGCAAGAUGUACGAGGAGUUCCUUAGCAAAGUGUCCAUUCUGGAGUCUUUGGAGAAGUGGGAGCGUCUGACAGUGGCUGAUGCCUUGGAGACAGUGCAGUUCGCAGAUGGCCAAAAAAUUGUGGUGCAGGGAGAGCCUGGUGAUGAGUUUUUCAUCAUCUUGGAGGGAACAGCUGCUGUGCUACAGAGGCGGUCAGACAGUGAGGAGUUCGUGGAGGUCGGCAGACUGGGACCAUCCGAUUACUUUGGUGAAAUUGCCCUGCUGAUGAACCGACCCCCGUGCCGCCACGGUUGUUGCAUGUGACCCUAAAGUGUGUCAAACUGGACCGGCCGGUUCGACGAGUCCUUGGUCCUUGCUCUGACAUCCUCAAGAGAAAAUUGAGCAGUACAACAGCUUUGUGUCCCUGUCGUGUCUGAGCUUGUCAGUACGCAGACUUUCUCUUCCUAUACUGUUCCUACCAUUGCAAAUAAGCUUUAUUUUUCUACUACUAUUCUCUUUCACUUAUGUUACCACACACCCCAAAAUCACUUCAAUUUCUAUUUAUUAAAUUUUUUCAGUUUUAUGCAAAA